AUGUCGUUCAAAAACGUGUUAACUGUGCUUCUGUGCUACUAUGCGUGUAGCGGGAGUGCAAAACUGGCGUGUUAUGUGUGCAAUGGACAAUCGGUGAAGUCGGGUGCUUAUUGCACUAAUGAUAAUCUCUGUGCUGGAAACAGUUGCACUUUUGAUGGGAAACUCUCCGGCGAAUGGGCAGCCGGUUGUUCAAAUGAAACGAUCGGCGCUGGUGUCACUGUUUGCAUCAUAAAACAAGCCGAACAAAAUUUUACAUGCAAUUGCGGUGAUUCGUUCUGCAACGAUGUGAAUAAAAUCACGACCGUUCUCGAUAAGCGUCUUCCAAACGGAACGUCAUUCGUCCCCAAGCUGCCAACGAACUUGACAAAAAAAUGCUUACAAUGUGGCCUUUUGAAUGUACCUCCAAUCGGUGUCAUAAAUGUAACAUGCGGUUUGACAAAUACAUGUAAAGGAUCAUUUUGCAUUACAAAACGAGGGCAAUACCCGCACUCGUAUUGUGGCACAGAUUGGAAUCCAAUGGUCGAAGGAUGCGUGUCAAAACCGGACCAAGAUGAAGUUUGUGCGUGUAUGCAGAACUACUGCAACUUCCCGUAUCCUCAACAAACCACCACAACCACGGUAACUCCGGCGCCUACCCAACCUCCAACUCCGGCACCUACCAAACCUCCAACUCCGGCCACUACCCUCCCUCCAACUCCGCCACCUACUAAACCUCCAACUCCAGUUAUGACAACAAAAACACCUACGGUUGUAACAACACCUGUUCAUCCACCUGUCGCUACCACAACAACAGCCUCAGGCGGAAGCGUUAAUACUAGUGAUUGCGUAUACGGGCGAUUUGGUAAAAACGAUCAAAUGGUGAAAACUGCGACAGCGUUGAAGAAUAUGGUCAAGAAUCGUUUUGGAAAUUCAUCAGCCGUUCAGAGCUUCUUGAAUAAUAUUGAUCAGCACAUCUGUGCUUAUUCAGGACCUUAA